UGUUUGCAGAUGGUUUACCACAAGUCUGUUCAACCAAAGAUUAUUCCACUACUACUACAACAACUAAGGUAAAUAAACAAUAUAUUACAACGACAGCAACAACAGCAAAGCCGGCAAUAAAUAUUAAAUCAUUUAAAACAACAUCAUCAUCGCCACUCAAAGAAAAAGCUGAAAAAUUGUUUGGAGGUCAAUAUACAGCAACAUCAGCAGCAACAACAAUAACAACUUCAUCAUCAUCGUCGUCAAGCUGCUCAGCAUUGUUUGCAACAACCAAAGAAGAAGAGAUCUUUUCUAUAAAACAAACUAAAGAGAGUUUAGAAAAGAAUCGACAAGAAAAUAAUGAAAUAAUGGCUGAACAACAGCAACAACAAGAAUAUUUUGAAAUUUUCAAGAAAACCAAAGAAAUAAUAAAUGAAGAAGAGCAACGGCAACAACAACAAGAAUUUAAUGAUGAAACACUAAUAACUAAUGCUAGUAUUACAAAUAAACAACAACAACAACAACAAUUACAAGAAAUGGCAACUCGUUUAACGGGUUCUACUAAUACAAAUACUGCUUCCUCUUCUUCACCAUCAUCAUCAUCAUCAUCAUCAGCAGCAACAUUAACAAAGAGAACUGAGAAUGAGAGAGAAAAUAGCGGGUUUUUGUUAAACACAACAACUGGAGCAAAUGUGUUUGCUACUAAUAGUAAUCAUCAGUCUCUAAAUAAAUGCGAGAGUGAACGUUUAGUAUGUGCGGCAAAUAAUAUUACGGGAGUUACAAAUAAUAUUAAUAAUAAUUUUAAUAAUACAACAACAGCAACAAAUAAUAGUGUAACUAUUGGUGUUAUAAGUGUUAGUGGUAAUAAUCAAAAUAGUAGUAGUGCUGGUAUAGUGAAAAUCUCACAAAAAUUACAAGAAAAUCAAUUUAUUAAAAACGAACAACAACAACAGCAGCAGCAACAGUUGAAUAAUAAAAAAUUUAUAAAAUUUAAACAAAAUACUGUAACGGGUGCAAGUUUUGGCGAGGAUUUAAAGUCGCCUAGUAAAUUAACCUCUAGCAAUUCGGCAGGCAGUUUAGCCGGAUCAGCAGCAGCAGCAGCCACAUUUUUGCCCUCAUCUAGUGGUAAUUGUUUGGUUAAAAAGAAAAUGGUGGCCGUGCAAGAAAUGAAAAAGUCCUCACAGAAUAAUACACAUUUAAGUGGCUGUUUGGCCACAAAUCGUUUAAAUAAUCGUGUAGGAGGAGGUGGAGGCGGUGGGGUUAACGUGGAGUCCUCUGAAUUGGAUACCAAUGAGGAUUUAAGUUAUGGUCCGGGUAUUGUUUCCAAAUUAAGAUGCCGCUAUUUAAGUUUGGCUUUAAGGGAAUCCAUGGAACAGCAGCGUUUAAAUAAAGAUCAAUUAAGACGUUCUACUAGUUUAAAUAAUUUACUGGAUAAUCAUAAUGAGGAGGAAAAUUGUGAUGAAGAUGAAGAGGUGGAGGCUGAGGAUGAUGAAGAUGCUAAUCAACAGGAUUUUAUUUAUGAAAACUUUAAACAGGAAUCGCCUAAGAAAACUGGAAUUUUGAAAACGUCUCUAAAUAAAACUCCCGAAAAAAGGUAUUCCCCCCAUAAUCAGGGUUCAAAUGGUGUGGGUGUUACCUUUACCGAAACCUCAUAUAAUAAACGUUCUCGCCAUUUGAAACGGGGCAAUGAUUCUUUGAAAAGAGCCCGUUCUGUAGAGGCUUUAUUAAGUGAAAAGUCUCCUUGGCAUACUAGAGCCAAUACCUCGGCUCCCUGUGCUAAUCAGGUGAGCAUAGAAGAUAAAAUUCAUAAUGCUAGAGAAAGACUGCAACAGGGUACGGAUCAUAUGCCUCCCAAAAGACUAACCUCCAUAAUAGAUGAUACCGAAAGACCUCCACCGGAUUUGGUUAAGCAAACUUUAAAAAUGUUUGAGGCCUCGGCUAAUCGUAGACCCAGAGCCACCAAUCGUGGCAACUGCAAAGGUGAGGUGGCCAGUAAAGUGGAAACUUUUAAAAAUAUCAUUAAAGAACAAAAACCUUUGCCUACUUACAACAAAUCUCUAAGUCCCACUAAGAAAUUAAAUCUAACGCCACAACAACCACAAAAACCUUUAAAAUCGUCCACACCACAAGCCAAUGAUCUAUUGCAAUCUCCCUUGGGUAGAAAGGUCCUUAACAAGGCUAUGGCCAAUAAUACAUCUGCCGAAAGUUUAACACCUUUAAAAGGUCUUAGCUCGCUAUCAGAACAUACACCGGACAUAAUACCGCGACAAAAAUUCAAUCAAGAGCGUGAACAAAAUAAAAAUAAAGAGCAAAUGGAUCUGCCAAAUAAAGAGAAACUAACUAAGAGAGAUCUAAAUAAAGAGAAAUUUGAAAUGGUAACCGAUUCUCCGGUCACAUCGCUCAGCAAAGAGUUAAGUAAAUUGAAAUUAAACGAUAACACACCAACUAAAAGCAAUAGCAGCGAUAACUGCAGCAAAAAUGCUGUCAACGAAGGUGGUGAUCAUGGUGGUGACGCAUCAUGCCAACGCCACAAUAUAAAUAACAAAUAUCCCCCCUACAACAACGAUUUAAUAAACGAAGAAAGCAACUCUCUUAAAAACGAAAACGAUAAGAUUAUAAAUAAUAAAAAAUCAAAUAAUACUGAAGCUACUACAACUACAGCAACUACAAUUUCAAGCAACAGCAGCAACAAUACGAUCGCUAUGAAAAACGAAGAAGCAACAGUUAAUAAUUAUGACUGUUUAACAAAGAAGACGGACAAAGAAGAAAACGGCGACAACAACGUAGACGACGCCUCAACGCCUCCUCCCAGUAGUAGUGAUUUAAGUGAUGGUGGUGAAGACAUCGAUCACGAUACGGGCGAUUUGAAAUUAACAACCUCAAAACGUAUAACGCGCACGGCACUCGAUAAUAUAGCAAAAGCGGGUUAUACACAACAAUUUAAAUUCAAUACAACAACAACAACAAAUUCACCCUCUUCCUCCACCUCCAAUUCCUCUUCCACAAACUCCUCUACAGCCCUUAAUACGGGCAAACAAAUAGGUGUUAUACGUCCUUUACUCAAUACCCAACAGCAGCAGCAGCAACAACAACAGCAAAAAAUCAACGAUUCCACUAUGGAAACUUUAAAACAUUCCUCCCCUAAUAACACCAAUCUUACUUCACGCGAAAUAGAAAAGAAUCGCAUAAAUGAUUUGAAAAAAUCCACCAAUUCUACACAUCAAACUUCUCCUACUGCAACAGCCCAUAAUACAUCCUCCUCCACCUCCUCGCCCUCAGCUAGUCUUGAACAUCAUGUGAUUAAAUCAACAGCCCCAAACGCUGCAACAGCUUCUACUACCGGCUAUUCCGAUGUUGAUUCCGUUAUAAGUGCUACAAAUAGUCCAUUGUGGGCCAUGCGUAAACGACGCCAGGCACCACCAGCUGCACCUGCCGAAAAUACCUCUAUGGUGUUUAAUUUUUCAAAUCGUAAAGAGGUUCCCGAUUAUAUAGAAAAUGAUGGUGUUAUUUUUAGACGCAAAAGAGAAUUGCCAAAGGUAAGUAGUUGUAAACUUAAACUUCAUCUUGAAAACGCUUCAAAAAAGAAAGUGAAAGUGAUCUUGACAUCAAAACAUAGAAAUCAACAUAAAAGAUUUCUUUAUGAAUAGUUAAAAUUUUGAAGAAAAAAAGUGUAAAAUGAUAAAGAAAGUAUAAAAAAUGGCAACAUUCCAAAACAUUUUAUUGUAAACUAGAAAAAUUCUAAAGAUCAUUCAUAACCUACAAGAAAACGCUAAUAGUGUAACAGUGCAAUACAGAAAUAGAGUAAUUGUUAACACAGUCUUAAACUGGUUAACAGUGAUGUCAAAUAUGUUUCAAUAAUAUUAAACAAAAUUUGAAAGAUUUCUCUCUCGAUAAUAUUUCAAAGUGCAAAAUCGACAAUAUUAUAAAAUCAAUUUCAAAGUGUUUAAAAAGUAAAUAAAAAUCAGUGAA